UCUCUCUCCCUCUCUCCCUCUGUGUUGCAUUGGUAUAGGCGUGUUUUGAAAGGCAGCGACUCUUUUUCCAUUCUCGCGAGCUGGUGGAAGGAUCCUGUGGCGUUUAAGUUAUGUACCCAGGAGUUACACUUUUUAUAAGAACGGUUGACCAUGCCUUCUGAAGUGUCCAAGCCCUACAUCAGCGAGACGCAGACCUCCGAACUGCUGGAGCGUGUCUUCGGGCUGGCCGUGUCCCGGCUCAGCCCCCUGCCCAGCUACGACGAUCAGAACUUCCACGUGGUGGUCCCAGGGCGGGGCGAGUUCCUUGUGAAGGUGACAAACACUGUGGACAGCUGCAAUGCGGAGCUGCUGGAGGCACAGACCCGCAGCAUGAUGUACCUGCAGGAGCAGGGGCUGCCCGUCCCUACCCCGCUGCUCACCCGCGACGGGGACAUCAUGUCCCUGCAGUCAAUCGAUUGUGGAUCGGGGGAUUGUAAGUAUAUGGUGAGGGUAUUGACGUACCUGCCCGGGAUUCCGAUCGCCAAGAUCCCAAGCUCUCCACAGAUUCUGUAUGAAGCAGGGAGAUCGGCAGCAACUCUGGACAAAGUCCUUCAGGGGUUUGAGCACCCCAGCCUGCAAAGCCUGCACCGCGAGAACUUCAUCUGGAACCUGUCCAACAUUCCCCUGCUGGAGAGCUACCUUGACGCACUGGGACAGGAGCCCACCAGCAAGGUCGUGAAGGAGGUCAUCCAGCAGUUCAGAGACAAGAUCCAGCCCAACCUGGGAGUGUUCCGCAAGUGUAUAAACCACGGGGACUUCAAUGACCACAACGUCCUGAUUGAGGCCGAUGCCAGGAGCCCGCAGCGCUACAGAAUCUCAGGGAUCCUGGACUUCGGUGACAUGAGCUACGGCUACUACGUGUUCGAGGUGGCGAUCUGCAUCAUGUACAUGAUGAUCGAGAGCGAGGAGCCGCUGAGCGUGGGGGGGCACGUGCUGGCGGGCUACGAGAGCGUCAUCCCUCUGAACCCCGAGGAGAGGGAUGCCCUGUUCCUGCUGGUCCUUGCCCGCUUCUGCCAGUCCUUGGUGAUGGCGCGCCACUCCGUCACCCUCCAGCCCACCAACGCGGAGUACCUGAUGAUAACGGCACGCACUGGCUGGAAGCACCUUCUCAGGCUCUGGGAGAUGGGCAGGGAGGCGGUGGAGCAGCUCUGGUUUGGGACAGCUAGCUCCUACCAGGCUGCAGAGCGUCCGUGAAGGGCUGGGUUGGACUGGGCUGUGAAAACAACCUGCCGCCACACGCAGUGGAGACCUGAUCUUUAAAGAACUGCAUGGUCAUGGACUAUCAUGUCUAAAAACACCUGCUUCCCAGUCAAAUGUGUUAAAGCCUCCCGCCGCAUUCAUUUCACCAGCAAAUGUUAGCGUGUGCACUCCUCUCUUCCCUUAUUCUUUUAAAUAAACAUAAAGAAAGAAAGAAACAUGGAUAGGACCAGCUUUUGGAUGAAUCAAUGUUGUAUUAUUCAUUACAAUCUGCCUUGGCAUCCAUAUGGUAAUUAAAUCGAAUGAGUUUCAA